GAUCUGUAAUUGGCAUUUAUGACCAAAUAUUAUGGAAUUUGGUCUAGUUAGUAAAGAAAUGUUUACCGUUAAGAAACUUGACGAAACCAAGAUCAACCUAGAUAUAAAGAUUAUCCAGUUCCAAUAUAAUAUCGGCAAAAUUUUGGGAGUCGCUCCCAUAAAAAGUGAAGGAAAUAAUAAAUAUAAAAUAUUUAAAUAUGCUUAUGCGGUUUGUUGGAUUUUUGUGGUAUUUGGUCUAAUGGUUUUUACGUUUUACACAAAAUGGAAGCAUUUUUACACUACCGUGACCGUUCAUAGAGCCAUUUUGAAUGGUGCUGAAUCUCUAUCCGAAUUCAUAUUCUUAUUUAGAUGCCUUCUAGGAGGAUUAAAAUUCGAUAAGACAAAUUGGAAAUGUUUCAUGGACACUUUAAACAAAAUAGAAAUGAAGCUAAAAACCGAAAAUGUAUCCGUUAAAUUAAACAGAAAGCUAAUAAUAACGGAAAUGUUGAUAUACCACUCGAUUUUCCUAAUACUCAUAGCUUAUGAUAUGUGUACGACAAGUAUGCAACUCUCUAUGUUAUUCACGCACAAAAUGUGCCAGUAUUAUCAACUAUUUCAAUUGAUUUUUAUAUGCAAGACUGCAAAACUUAUGCAACGGAGGUACAACUUCUUAACGCAACUAAUUAAAGGUACUUUCAAUAGAUCGGUUUAUGUUGUAUCAAAAUCGGUAGACCGAAUGAUGGAGGAGAAAUUGAAAAAUAUAUUUUCAGUAUACCAACAACUGUAUACGCUAAGCGAGGCUUUUGACGCCAUAUUUGGAUGGCAGAUUUUUUUGAUACUGACCUGCACUGUUUUUUCUUUAUUGAAUCACGCCAAUGCAGCUUUUUUGACUUUCAAAUCAAAACAAGUGUUUGAUGAUAAUUUGCAUCAUUAUUUGCGUAACGGGGCUUUGUAUCCAGCAGCAUAUGUGGUAGCUGUAAUAUUUCUGGUAAUGUCGUGCGAUUCAGUGGAAAAAAGCGGAGCGAAUGUAAUUGCAGUUUGUCAUAGAAAAUUAAUUUAUUUAGAAAAAUCAUCCAUAAGACACGACCUUCAGACGGUAGCUAAAUUUAUGGAAAAAUUAAAACCUAGUUUCAGUGCUGCAGGUUUUUUUGAAAUAAAUCAGUAUAUUUUAGCCACGAUAUUCACAUCUGUGACCACAUAUUUGAUUAUUAUUAUCCAAUUUGAAUAAACUUGUCUCAC